AUGUGGUUUGUGGCGGCAUGCAGCAACAGACUGUCCGACUCCAUCACGCUUCACGUUUUUCCCAAGGACGAGAAGCAGCGAUCUGCAUGGACUCGAUUUGUGAAGUUGACGAGAGCAGACUGGCAUGGACCCUCACAGUAUACAGUGAUCUGUUCUAAAUAUUUUAAAGACGAUUGUUUUGAGGCCAGUUUUUCCUUGAUGAAAUACUUAAGAAUGUCAGCCAAACGUCGGCUAUGUCCGGGAUCCACCCCUUCGUUAUAUCUUAAAAGGAAAAUCGACGAUCUGAAUACAGCAUUCAUCAAGUCGCCGACAGGCUUAGGCUCACCUGCUACCAAAAGACAGGCUGUUGUCAAAUGUGAGAAGAAAAGAAUUUUAGCAGAACUGUUGAGUGAGGAUACCCAUGAACCGAUACCACCCAUUGACUCAGAGAUAGUUCCUGUCGCGAGUGAAAAUGGGAUGCCUCAGUUUGUAUCUAAUUUCUACAUAAUGCUACUUCAAAUUUUAUGUCCAAGUUAA